AUGUCGCUCCCAGCCAGUGUCGAGCAUGGCGUCUACGACUCCAUCACGCAGCACAUCGGUCACACACCUCUCGUCCGGUUGAACCGCAUUCCUCAGUCACUCGGCAUCAAAUGUCCCGUCUACGCAAAGGUCGAGCUCUUCAACGCAGGCGGCAGCGUCAAAGACCGCAUCGCCUUGCGUAUGAUCGAAGAAGCAGAAAAAUCCGGGCGCAUCAAGCCAGGGGACACCUUGAUCGAACCCACGUCCGGAAACACGGGCAUCGGGCUUGCCUUGGUGGGCGCGGUGAAGGGCUACAAGACCAUCAUUACGUUGCCGGAGAAAAUGUCGCCGGAAAAGGUCGCCGUGCUGCGUGCGUUGAAGAGUGAGAUCAUUCGCACGCCCACGGAGGCGGCAUUUGACAGCCCGGAGAGCCAUAUCAGCGUGGCGAUACGGCUGCAGAAAGAGCUGCCGAACGCGCAUAUCCUGGAUCAGUAUGCUAAUCCGGAUAACCCGCUGGCUCAUGAGAAAGGGACGGCGGAGGAGAUUUGGGCGCAGACGGGCGGGAAGGUGGCGAUGGUGGUUGCGGGUGCAGGGACGGGCGGCACUGUGACGGGAAUCGGGAGGGGGUUGAAGAAGCGGAAAAACGACAUCAAGGUCAUUGCUGCGGAUCCGGAGGGGAGCAUCUUGGCCUUACCGGAAUCGAUAAACGAAGCGCAUAAGAAUGAGCCAUACAAGGUGGAAGGGAUCGGAUAUGACUUCAUUCCGGAGGUGCUCGACCGAAAGAUUGUGGACAAAUGGUACAAGACGGAUGAUAGCGAGUCGUUCAUGUAUGCACGACGAUUGAUCGCGGAGGAAGGCCUACUGGUAGGCGGAAGCAGUGGCAGCGCGAUGGCCGCGAUGGUGAAGGCCGUCAAGGAUUUCCCAGAUCUGGACAAAGACUCGAUCAUCGUGGUUGUGCUGCCGGACAGCAUAAGGAGCUAUCUCAGCAAGUUCGCCGACGAUGACUGGCUGGCCGCCAACAACCUCCUCACGAACCCGACUCCCGCCAUAGAGUCCCUCUCCCUCCAGCCCCCCACCGCCGCCGCAAAUGCCGACCCCUUCGGCGACGCAACCAUCGCCUCCCUCCGACUCAAGCCGCUCACCUCCCUCCCGCUCACCGCACCCUGUGACGAAGCCGCCGAGACCAUGCGCGACCGCGGGUUCGACCAACUGCCCGUGUGCACGGCAUCAGGGAAGCGCCUCGUCGGGCUGCUGACGCUCGGCAACCUGCUCAGCUUCCUCGGCAGCGGACGGGCGGUGCCGACCGACCCGAUCGAGAAGGUCAUGUUUGAUUUCCGGGCGAUGGAGCCGGUAGGCGUGGAUCCGUUGGUGGAGGGGCGAGAAGGGGAGAUUAAGGGGAGGCGGACGCACGAUCGGUUCGUGGAGAUCACGGUGGGGACGCCGUUGAAGGCGUUAAGUCGGUUCUUCGAAUGGAAUAGUGCAGCGAUCGUGACGGAGAAGCAGGAGACGGGAGGGAUGAAGGCGGUGGCGGUGGUGACGAAGGUGGACCUGUUGUCGUGGUUGGUGAGGCAGAAGUCGAGACGUUGA